AUUUCCGGCGACUCCAGCGCCGCUGCCAGUCGCCGCCAUCACUCCGCUAGUUUUGUUUGGCGUGUUUGAAGUGCUGUUCGCAUUAGACUGUCCGAAAAAUAUCAACAAAUACCUCAAAGUCCGCUAAAAUAGUUCAAAUAUUUCUUGUUUCUUGUCAUGAGUGAUAGGGAGGGGAGCCGCUCACCCGUUGGCCACAAACCGAUGAACGAUCGGGACCAUUCGCCACACGCAAGGCGGGAAGAGUCACCAAGAAAUCACAAGGCCAAAAGUUACUCAAGAAGCCCCAGUCGUAGCCGGAAGAUGUCGUACAGAGAUGGCGACCGGGACCGAGACCGGCGCCGCGAUGACAGAGACCGGGAAGACAGAAGAUACAGGUCGCGCAGUCGAUCACGCUCAGACAGACGUUACAAGUCCUCGAGAUAUUCACAUAGUCACUCGCGUUCCCCCGGCGACCGGAGGUCGCUCUCACAUAGCCCUAUGUCUAGCCGCAGGCGCCAUAUGGGGACCAGGGACAAUCCCAAGCCGUCUCGAUGCCUUGGCGUCUUUGGAUUAAGUGUCUACACCACAGAAGACGAACUGUACCACAUCUUCUCCAAAUACGGACCGCUAGAAAGAGUGCAAGUCGUCAUUGAUGCUAAGACUGGACGUUCAAGAGGCUUCUCGUUUGUGUAUUUUGAAAACACAGAUGACGCCAAAGUAGCCAAAGACCAAUGCACUGGAAUGAAGAUAAAUGGUAAAAAUAUUAGGGUGGACUAUUCUAUUACCGAAAGGGCGCAUACACCGACGCCUGGAAUAUAUAUGGGCAAACCUACAUACAAAUACAGUGACCGCUACGAUCGACGUCGCGAUAGAGAUGAUUAUUAUGGGAGGGGUUCGAGGUACAGUCACAGACGUUCGCCGUCUCCGUAUUACAGACGACGUCGAUAUGAGCGUUCCAGAUCUCGCAGUUACUCUCCACGGUUAAGAACAAGAGGUUUGGGAUGAAUUGAAGUUUAUAUAAGAAAUAGAAUUUACUCAAGUUUCCUUAAAUCACUUCUCUGAAGCUUAUUUCAAUGAAAUCAGCUAUGAAUAAAACGAAAUGAAUUGUGAAAAUACAUCCAUCAAGAGAAUUGAGAAAUUUAUUAAAACAACUCUCUUGAAGAAUGAAAUUGUUUUCUCUUUUUUUAUGUAGAAGACACAUCACUCUGAUCCUUACGUUGAAAACGAAAACAUGGCGUUUCUCAGUCAACUAUUAGUACCACCAAGACGAUUUACAUUGUACUUUCAGACAGAAAACCUCCCAAUAAUUCAAAAGUUGAUUAGAAAAAGUUCGUUAGGAUUUUGGUACGUAGAACGGAAAACAAACCAACUCAAGACUUCUUAUCUCUUCUGUUGUAUUCCAACAGAUUCACAACAGUAACUGUUUUUCACUUAAUCUAUAUGUAUUUUUAAAUAAGAUAGGCGUAAUGCAUGUCAUUGUAUUCCUUCCAGUCAUGUACAAAGAACAGCUUAUACUAACAGUUCUUUUUUUUAAUUAUUUUUUUUUUACUUACUAAUGUGCACAUUCAAUUGUUUUAGUGUAAGGUGAAUUGGCAAUUCAGUUUUUUUAGAUUUAAGCUUAACGUCUACUUUUGAGUUACUUAAAAGUAGACCAAAUAAUACAUAUAGAUUUCACUGUAUCAUCACAGAUGCAGUUCCUAAUCAUAAAUUUACUUUUUCUUCAAUAGGUUUCCGGAGAACAUCCAAGAAGAAUAAACUCGGCAGAUAAUUUCGCCACAUGUACAUUUUAAUAAUAAUAAUAAUA